AUGCAGUGUCCGAAGGACUACCCGAUGCGGCCGCCGCGCGUUCGCCUCAUGAACACCGACGAUGGAAGCGUGAGCUUCAAUCCGAACCUGUACAAAAGCGGUAAGGUGUGCCUGGAUAUUCUGGGAACCUCGGACACGUUGGCGUGGAGCCCUGCGCACAGCAUUUCGAGUGUCGUCGUCUCGAUCCAGUCGCUGCUGACGAAGAAGCCGCACUUCAACGAAGCCAACUGGAUCAGCGAGCUGCGGCCGGAAGACUGCGGGAGCUACAGUGGCAUCGUACAGCACGAGACCGUCCGCGUUGCCGUGUGCGACGCUAUCGAUGCCUGUCUCAAUGGAUGCUCGCUGUGCCCGGGGUACCUCCAAGGAGUGAUGCUGGAACACUUCAUGGCCCACUACGAGAAGUACGAAAAGGUUGUCGAGUCCAGCUUGUAUCUGACCGGUGAGGACAUGAUGACCCGCUCUUCUUCGAAACCUACGGGCGAGGACAGUACCAAUACGAAAGCUUGCUCGUGA